GAAUAUUCCCCUGGUGACUUGGUCUGGGCCAAGAUGGAAGGUUAUCCUUGGUGGCCAUGUCUCAUAUACAACCAUCCGACUGAAAGAACGAUAGUGAGAGGAAAAGGGAAAUCCACUCGUAUCCAUGUACAGUUUUUUGAUGACAGCCCUACAAGAGGCUGGGUCAGUAUCAAAUACCUGAGACCAUAUAAAGGUUCAUCAGAUGUGGAGGCACUGAAAGGAGGUAUGUUUCAUAGUACAAAGCCGGAAAUUAAAAGAGCAAUGGUGCUAGCGGAUGAUGCAAUGAGUAAAGAUACAACUAAGCGACUUGAACUGGCAGUAUGCAAUGAACCUUCAGACACAGAGGAGGAAGAGGAGGAAACAGAGAUGAGUGAAAGUGCAUCAGCCAACAGCGAUGACUGCAGCAGUGAGGAGGAUGUCAAAAGUAACAAGCGAGUGAGGAACAGGGAAAAUGCCAUAAAAAACAAAAGAAGAAGAGUGGUGGAUUCUGAGAGUGAUCAUGAUGGCUCUGAUGCGGAGUUCAAGCCUGAUGUGAAGGAAGCAGCAAGCAGUGAGGAAGCUAGUAGUGGGGUGGAUGAAAAUGAGUCUACUGACGCAGAGACAGACACAGAGAGCAUAGCAGAAAGUCCCAUAAAAGUUCCUUCUAAACGAAAGAGGAAAGAGAUAAACAAGCCUGCUAAAAGAACUAGCUUAGAAAAUGAACAGUCUGAAACCCCCAAAAGAGUGGCAGCAGUUUCUUCAGAAGCUAAGUCCAAGCUGACAUCCUUUGCAGCACCUGAAAGUUUCGAAUCCCAAGCGAACACUUGCAGCGGAGGCAGCAGUGGCUUUGGAGUGUGGGAACAUGAAAAGCUCGACUGGCUGCAGGAGGGGAAGAAGAAAGAUGCUCAUAGGAGACGGCAGAGUGACCCUGAUUACGACCCCCGGACGCUGUAUGUGCCAGAGGACUACCUCAACAAGUGCACGCCUGGAAUGAGGAGGUGGUGGCAGCUGAAGAGUCAAAACUUUGAUGCGGUGAUUUUCUACAAAGUCGGGAAAUUCUAUGAGUUGUACCACAUGGAUGCGGUCACGGGUGUCAACGAGCUGGGGCUGAUCUUUAUGAAAGGAACUUGGGCCCAUUCGGGCUUUCCAGAGACUGCAUUUGGCAGAUUCUCUGAUGUCCUGGUGCAGAAGGGCUACAAGGUAGCUCGUGUUGAGCAGACAGAAACUCCCGAAAUGAUGGAAGCGCGCUGCAAGACAACGGCCCACCCAACGAAAUUCGACAAGGUUGUGCGUCGAGAAAUCUGCAGGAUCAUCACCAAAGGAACUCAGACUUACAGCAUUAUGGACUGUGAUCCCUCUGAGAACCAUAAUAAAUACCUACUGUGUGUUAAGGAAAAGGAAGACUCCUCUGGACAACGUGUCUAUGGGGUCUGCUUUGUUGACACAUCAGUAGGGAAGUUUCACGUGGGCCAGUUCUCAGAUGACCGGCACUGCUCGAGGUUUAGGACUUUAGUAGCACAUUACACUCCUGUGCAGGUGCUGUAUGAGAAGGGGAACCUGUCUGUGGACACACAGAAGAUACUGAAGGGCUCACUUGUUUCAUGCAUUCAGGAAGGUCUGAUCUCUGGUUCCCAGUUCUGGAAUGCAUCUAAAACACUAAAAGUCCUUCUUGAAGAAGGAUAUUUCAAGGAGAAAGAGACCUCUGAAAGUGGAUGUUCUCUGCCCUCUGUAAUCAAAUCUCUGACUUCAGAGAGUGACUCGCUGGGAUUAACUCCUGGUGAAAACAGCGAGUUAGCUUUGUCAGCGCUUGGGGCCUGUGUUUUCUAUCUCCAAAAAUGUCUGAUUGACCAGGAGCUGUUGUCACUGGCCAACUUCGAGGAGUAUGUCCCUGUGGAUGUUGAUGCUACAAAAGCUAUGAGUAGCUGCUUUGCCAAAACUGACCAGCGGAUGGUGCUGGAUGGAGUCACCCUGAUGAACUUGGAGGUUCUGCAGAACGGAACCAAUGGGACGACAGAAGGUACUUUGCUGGAAAGGAUUGAUUCUUGUUGUACACCAUUUGGGAAGCGACUCCUGAAGCAGUGGCUGUGUGCUCCGCUGUGUAAUCCAAAAUCCAUCAAUGAUCGUUUAGAUGCUGUAGAGGACCUUCUGUCAGUGCCAGACAAAAUGUCUGAAGUUGGUGAACACCUGAAGAAACUUCCUGAUCUUGAAAGGCUGCUCAGCAAAAUUCACAGCAUUGGAUCACCGCUGAAAAGUCAGAACCAUCCUGACAGCAGGGCCAUCUUCUAUGAAGAAAUCAAAUACAGCAAAAAAAAAAUUGCUGACUUUUUGUCUGCGCUGGAGGGGUUUAAAGUAAUGAAUGAAAUUGUAGAUGCCAUGGAAGAAGUUGCCAGCGACUUCAAAUCUAAAGUCCUGAAGCAGCUGGUCACCCGCAAAGCCCAAAACCCAGAUGGCUGCUUCCCAGAUUUGAGCGCAGAGCUCAAGAGAUGGGAUACUGCCUUUGAUCAUAACCAGGCUCGGAAGACAGGAGUGAUCACUCCAAAGGCAGGUUUUGAUCCUGAUUAUGAUAAAGCACUACAGGACAUUGAUGCUGUUGAGGAAGAUCUCAAGAAGUACCUGGAGAAGCAACGGAAACUGCUGGGGCACAAAUCUGUGAUGUACUGGGGGGCAGGCAAGAACCGGUACCAGAUGGAAAUACCAGAAAGCAUCGUGUCACGACAUCUGCCAGAGGAAUACGAGCUGAAGUCCUCCAGGAAGGGGUACAAACGUUACUGGACCAAGGAGAUUGAGAAGAUGCUGGCUGCAAUGGUCAACGCUGAGGAGCGCAGGGAUGCGGCUCUGAAGGACUGCAUGAGGCGAUUGUUCUACAACUUCGAUCAAAACAGCAAAGCCUGGCAGACAGCUGUGGAGUGCAUUGCUGUGUUAGAUGUCUUGAUGUCUCUGGCUAACUACAGUCAAGAUGGUGAUGGACCCUUGUGCCGUCCUGUAAUCGUACCUCCUGUGGAUAGUGCUCCUCCCUUCCUGGAACUUAAAAAUUCACGUCAUCCAUGCAUCACAAAAACUUUCUUUGGGGAUAAUUUUAUUCCUAAUGACAUUGUGAUAGGCAGCACAGAUGAAGAUGGCAGUGGUGGAGCUUCGUGUGUGUUAGUGACUGGCCCGAACAUGGGUGGCAAGUCUACGCUCAUGAGACAGGCUGGCCUCCUGGUUAUAAUGGCUCAGCUGGGAUGCUAUGUGCCUGCUGAAGCCUGCAGGCUUACACCCAUUGACAGAGUGUUUACCAGGCUGGGUGCCUCAGACAGGAUCAUGUCAGGUGAAAGUACCUUCUUCGUUGAGUUGAGUGAGACCUCCUGCAUUCUCCAGCAUGCAACGAAGCACUCCCUGGUUCUUGUGGAUGAACUGGGCAGAGGCACAGCCACUUUUGAUGGAACAGCUAUAGCCAGUGCAGUGGUGAAAGAACUGGCAGAGCAGAUCAAGUGUCGGACUCUGUUUUCCACACACUACCACUCACUGGUGGAGGAUUACUCACACAAUGGGGCUGUGCGGCUUGGGCACAUGGCAUGUAUGGUUGAAAAUGAGAGUGACGAUCCAAGCCAGGAAACAAUUACAUUCCUGUACAAGUUCAUUGAAGGAGCGUGUCCGAAGAGCUAUGGCUUCAAUGCAGCAAGACUUGCUAAUAUUCCAGAGGAAGUCAUUCAGAAGGGGCACAGAAAAGCAAGAGAGUUUGAAAAAACAACAAUUUCACUGAGAAUAUUCAGAUCUCUGUGCCUGCUGGUGGAUGGUGCAACAACCCCGGCUGCAGACGCUGUCCAGAAACUCACCGCUCUGAUCAAUCAGCUUUAAGAACACCACAACUGAGUUUCGUAAGUGGCUGGUUCUCAAAA